CGAGCUGAGGGACGGCGGGGACGGGUCCGGAUCUCCGGUCCUGGCGCCCGGCGGCGCUACUGAGAGGGCGGGCGAGGCGCGGAGCGCUGCCCAGCUGGGGGCCACCCCGAGCGCUCAUUCUCGGGGGACUUGGCCGAGGAACCGCGUUUGAGGGAGGGAGCGAGAGAGCAGGACCUUGGAGCUCAAAAGGUGCUGAAGAAGGGAGCCCCUGGCCCGCUUGGCUGCUGAGGCCGAGUGCAGCCAUGGCAGGGCGUGGCUGCCUGGGGCUGGAGCUGUUCUGCUGGGCCUUGCUUGCCGCUCCCGUGGGCCCCCAGCCUGCCCCCUCUGUCCCAGGUGCCCUUACCACGCUGACUCCACCGCCUCAGAGCGAGGCCUCCAUGCUGUCUCUCAACCUGGGACUAAACUUCAAAUUCCAUCUUCGGGGACCUGCUGCUGUCUGGGGAAACCCUGUCACAGAGACCCAGGCUCUUUCUCCUGGAGCCCAGGAGCCAGGGGAAGAGGUGGCCAGUGGGCUGAGGACUGACCCCCUUUGGGAACUGCUGGUGGGCCCCCCUGGGAACUCUCCUUCAGAAUGGGGCUCUGCUGAGGGCAGCUCUACGCCCUGGGCCUCCUCCCUGUCUCCUGAGUCCACAUCCCCCCUCUCUGGGCCCACCCACCGUCCAACUACUCCCUAUCAGCCCAGGAUGGCCACUGUGACCUGGGCCACUGCUCUGACGGCGACAGCACCACCAUCCAGUGUUCCCAGGUCCCAUCAUAGCGAGCUGGAGCUGAAGUUCGAUGUGGCGUUGAGAGCAGGUGCAGCCCCGACACUGGGGCAUCGAACGCUGCCCCUCCUGCCCAGCUUGCGGGCCAGCCUGGCAGAGAUUGCUGGGCGCCUGGGACCCUUCGGGUUCUUUGGCACUACUCUGUCCCCACUCCGCAACUUCUCAGGCCUGAGCCCCCGAGACAUAACAGCAUCCCCAAACUCUCCCUCCAGAGUGUCAGAUUCUCCAGGGUUUUUUGGCACUACUCUGUCCCAGUCCCUACCCUCUCUGGAGAGGAAACUCUCAAGCCCAAGCCUACUGGACCAGGCUGCUUUCCUAAGCACUGCUUCAACUGGGACAACACCAGGGCAACAUGACCCCACCAUGCCCACCUCUGGCCCAGAGGACGGCUCUCCUGCCAGCCUUAGGAACCCUCCAGCGCAGCCGGAGUGCGGGCCAGAGACUUGCAGCAUGGACGAGGGUGAGCUGCCAGAUCCGGAGGUGCAGCCUCCGGCCUCCCCACGGCCCCUCUUCUUCCUGACCCUGGAGGCCGACUGGGCAGAAGCCCGGGCUCGCUGGGGGCUGGCCUGGGAGGCCCACGUGUACGGGGCAGGUGCGCUCUUCGGCCUCGUGGCGUUGCUGGCCCUGCUGGCUCUGGCCCUCUUGCCCUGGCGCUGCCCGCCUGGCGCCCCCUGCCUGGCGCUGCUGGAUCUGCUGCUGCUCUCGGCUGGGACCACUCGCGCCUUCCCGCUCUUCUACGACGCCUAUGGGCACCGAGAGCGGCUGCCGGCGCUCGCCUGGUUGCUGCUGCAGGACCUUCCUCUGCCCUGCCUGGCCUCUGGCCUGGGGCUGGCCUGCCUGCUGCUGGCCCGGCCUCGCCCCCCGCGGCUGCAUGCCCUCCUUGCCGCCCUGCUGUCGGGGCUGCUGCUGGCGCUGUCUUGCUUCCGGGGUCGGCGACGGCGGGCUGGGGCGCCCCUGGGCGGGUCUGGCUUCAAGGGAGCUACCCCGGUCCCGCAGGCGCGCAGCCCUUUCGCCCCGCGGGAGUCCUGGCGGCGCGCGGCGCGCACCGCCCCGGUGGCAGGCACUUUCGGGCUGCUGAGCGGAGCUCUGCAGGGCUACGAGGUUCUACACGCCCUGGGCUACGGCGGCCAACCUGGCCUGGAGGGGCCCUGGCCUUGGUGGGCUUUCCAGCUGGGUCUGCGCCUGGGUGAAGUGGGCGUCGCCCUCCCCUUGGCGCUGCUGGGCCUCUACCCCGCGCUCUGCAGCCCCCGCAUGCCGCCGCGCUGCUGGGCCAAGAUCUUCCGUUUGUCCCCGGGCCACGCCGCCCCCCUAUUGCCCGGAGGCUGGGUCACCGCGCCCCAGGACAAGGAGCCCCUCGGUAGCGCUAUCGCUCGUGGCGACGCGGAGCUGCUGCAGCUGUGCGCCCUGGCAGGGCCGGGCCCCGACCUGCUCCUUCAGGGCGGUGGCUGCCCCGGCUUCGAAGGCGCCGAGGACAACCCGGUACAGUCCCCGGCCUCCUCCCCCGGCAGCGACUGCACCGUGGACUUCCGCCCGCCCUCCCCGAUCAACCUUCGGCGCAGCAUCGAGGAGGCGCUGUGCAGCGAGGCGCUUCUGGCUCCUGGCCUCUUCCGGGGCCCUGCCUUUGGGGAAACCUUGCCUGGGCUCGGCCUCUAUCGCACCUCUUCGCUGGGAACCAAGACCAGGGCUGGGCUCAGUGGAAGGUCGGAGGAAGCCCCCAGCUCCCAGGCACCUCCGGAGCUCCCCUCUCCUGGGGCUUGGCCCGCGGGCAGUAGCGCCUCAUCUGGCUCCCUGUAUGGACUAUCGCGGGACAGCUCGUCCAUGCUGUUGUGUUCCAGCCCGGACAGGCCUCUACGUUGUCCGCUGGUUUGUGUCCUCAGUCCCCCGCGCCCCUCUGGAAGCAGCCUUAGCCUCCAGGCCUCAGGAUCCUACCAGGCCCUGUCUCCACCCUCCCACGACUCCCCAGAGCCUGCCCCUGAGCUGCAGGCUGAGGAGGCCUUGCUCCAGGAGCAGUUCCUGGAUGCUUGUCGACAAAUCGAUGAGCUGAGCGUGGGUAGCGACACCAUAGACCUCUGAUAAGGCGGGCACUUCACUGCUUUGCCACUGUACAUCCCUCUCCAGCGCCUGCUCUGUCUGAGACCUGCACACUGUAACCCUGCCCCAAUCCUGCCUGGCUCAGAUACCUCUCCCCACUUUCCUCCCCCAUCCAGAGGUCCCUGGGUGGUGGGUCAGCAGCCAGGCUCUGUUGAUUGGGAAUUAGUGCCACCUUCUCUGGAGCCCUGGGCACUAAUGCCCUCAGCUACAAUUUUAGGCUCCCAGGGGUCCCACUUUCCUUGGCCUUCACCAGCAAUAAAGCUCCAAGGUGCUCCACUCUGAUGAGUGAGAGGGGCUGUCCUCAGAAGACCUGGGGCCCUGCCUUGGCCCCAUACCCACCUCUGCCAGGCGCAGGAGUCCCACCCCUGUGGUGAGACUCCUUGUCCUCUAUGGGACCGUUCCCCACAGAAGGCUUCACAGCCCAUUCAGGAGAACUUACAGCAGGUGGGUGGGAGGCAAAUGCUUUCAGAGUUAAUUUAUCAAUAAAAUAUUUUCA